GGGCUGACGUCAGGAGCUGUCCCCGGUGCUGAAGCAAGAUGGCCGCCCGCUAGCCAACCGGGGCGGCGGCGGCAGCGGCGGCGGCGGGAGCCCCCCGCGCCCCCGGCACCGGGACCAUGUCGCUGCUCUGCGUCGGAGUUAAAAAGGCCAAGUUCGAUGGGCCCCAAGAGAAGUUUAACACCUACGUGACACUGAAGGUGCAAAAUGUCAAGAGCACAACCAUCGCGGUGCGGGGCAACCUGCCCUCCUGGGAGCAGGACUUCAUGUUUGAGAUCAACCGGCUCGACCUGGGCCUGACGGUGGAGGUGUGGAACAAGGGGCUCAUCUGGGACACCAUGGUGGGGACGGUGUGGAUCCCCCUCCGGACCAUCCGGCAGUCCAACGAGGAGGGCCCUGGGGAAUGGCUCACGCUCGACUCCCAGGUCAUCAUGACAGACAACGAGAUUUCAGGCACCAAGGACCCCACUUUCCACCGUAUCCUCCUGGACACCCGCUUCGAGCUGCCGCUGGAUAUCCCCGAGGAGGAGGCCAGGUAUUGGGCCAAGAAGCUGGAGCAGCUCAAUGCCAUGCGGGACCAGGACGAUUACGCCUUCCAGGAGGAGCAGGAAAAGCCUCUGCCUGUUCACAGCUCCCAGUGCUGCAACUGGAAUUAUUUUGGCUGGGGAGAACAGCAGAACGAUGACCCCGACAGCACGGUGGACGACCGGGACAGCGAUUACCGCAGCGAGACCAGCAACAGCAUCCCGCCGCCGUACUACACCACCUCCCAGCCCAACGCCUCCGUCCACCAGUACCCCAUGAGGCACCAGCAGCAGAGCUCCCGCGACUCCUACACCGACUCGAUGCAGAGCUACGAGAUGGACUACUCGGACCAGCGGCCCAUCAGACGCUACGCUAGUGUAGACUCUGCCGCAAACGGACGCAGCGACGCUGAGUCCGCUUCCGAGUCGAGCAGGCGGACCAGCCGCCAGCCUUCCCUUGAGAGCAGGCGGUCCCUAGACCUAUCGGAUAGCCCCACGGGGAGCAGCCGCUACGCCUCGUCGGCCGAGCUGAGCCAGGGCAGCUCCCAGCUGAGCGAGGACUUUGAGAACGAGAGCCUCCGGGACUCGGAGCUGGACGAGCGGGACGGCGACUCCUACCACUCCUGCCACAGCUCCGUCAGCUACCGCAAAGACUCGCCCCGCUGGGAGGAGGACGACGACGACCUGUAUCUGGAGGAGGAGGAAGAGGAGGAGGAAGAGUUCAAUGAGGACUACAGCGAGAACGAGGAAGGCUACCCCAAGGAAGAGGAGGAGGAGGAGGACCUGCGGGAGCAGGGCCCCUAUGAAGUGCCGGAGCACGAUGCCUACCCCCCACUGCAGAAACCCCCCGGGCAGCAGCAGCAACAGGCCCCGCAGCAGCAGCAGCAACCCCAGCUGGUCCCACAGCUGAAGCCACAGCAGCAGGAGAGGAAGGAGGAGAGGAGGGAGGAGAAGGACACCUCUGUCCCCGAGGAAACCCCGGAGGCCCUCCAGGCUCAGCAGGGAGCGGACGAAGCUCCCCUGCAAGAGGCGGCCCCCGAGCCCCUGAAACAGGCUGAGAGGGAGCAGGCAGAGGCGGAGGUGCAGGACCCCAAAGCACGAGCCAAAGCCAACUGGUUGAGAGCCUUCAACAAGGUCUGCAUGCAGCUGCAGGAGGCCCGCGGGGAAGGCGAUGGAGAAGCUAAAUCCCUGUGGUUCAAAGGCGGGGGGGCGGCAGUAAGGUUUCUGCGCUGCAUUAACAGCAUGCCCGACAUUAAGCCUGGACGCAAAUCUCUCCCUCUAGUCAGCGAUCUGGCGAUGUCCCUGGUCCAGUCCAGGAAAGCGGGAAUCACAUCCGCGCUGGCCUCGAGCACCUUGAACAAUGAGGAGCUGAAAAACCAUGUUUACAAGAAGACCCUGCAAGCCUUAGUGUACCCCAUCUCCUGCACGACGCCCCACAACUUUGAGGUGUGGACGGCCACCACCCCCACCUACUGCUACGAGUGCGAGGGGCUGCUCUGGGGCAUCGCCCGGCAGGGCAUGCGCUGCGCCGAGUGCGGCGUCAAGUGCCACGAGAAGUGCCAGGACCUGCUCAAUGCCGACUGCCUGCAGAGGGCGGCGGAGAAGAGCUCCAAGCACGGAGCAGAGGACCGGACCCAGAAUAUCAUCAUGGUGCUCAAGGACCGCAUGAAGAUCCGGGAGCGCAACAAGCCGGAGAUAUUUGAGCUGAUCCAGGAGGUGUUUGGGGUCACCAAGACCACGCACACGCAGCAGAUGAAGGCGGUGAAGCAGAGCGUCCUGGACGGCACGUCCAAAUGGUCGGCCAAGAUCAGCAUCACGGUCGUUUGUGCCCAGGGCCUGCAAGCAAAGGAUAAGACGGGUUCCAGCGACCCGUAUGUCACUGUCCAGGUUGGAAAGACCAAAAAAAGGACUAAAACUAUCUACGGCAAUCUCAACCCAGUCUGGGAGGAGAAUUUCCAUUUUGAGUGCCAUAACUCCUCCGACCGCAUCAAGGUCCGUGUCUGGGACGAGGAUGACGACAUCAAGUCCCGUGUCAAACAGCGCUUCAAGAGGGAGUCGGAUGACUUCCUGGGCCAGACGAUCAUUGAGGUCCGGACCCUGAGCGGAGAGAUGGACGUCUGGUACAACCUCGACAAGCGGACAGACAAGUCGGCCGUGUCAGGAGCCAUCCGGCUGCACAUCAGCGUGGAGAUCAAGGGCGAGGAGAAGGUGGCUCCCUACCACGUGCAGUACACGUGCCUGCACGAGAACCUGUUCCACUUCGUGACGGAUUUGCAAAACAACGGGGUGGUGAAGAUCCCUGACGCCAAGGGGGACGACGCCUGGAAAGUCUACUUUGACGAGACGGCGCAGGAGAUCGUGGACGAGUUUGCCAUGCGCUACGGGGUGGAGUCCAUCUACCAGGCCAUGACGCAUUUUGCCUGCCUUUCCUCCAAAUACAUGUGCCCCGGGGUGCCGGCGGUGAUGAGUACCCUGCUAGCCAACAUCAACGCCUACUAUGCCCACACCACGGCUUCCACCAACGUCUCCGCCUCCGACCGCUUUGCUGCUUCCAAUUUCGGGGUAAGUCCGAUGAAGGAGCGGUUCGUCAAACUCCUCGACCAGCUGCACAACUCGCUGAGGAUUGACCUCUCCAUGUACCGGAACAACUUCCCUGCCAGCAGUCCGGAACGGCUGCAGGAUCUCAAGUCCACAGUGGAUUUGCUGACCAGCAUCACCUUCUUUCGGAUGAAGGUCCAGGAGCUGCAGAGCCCCCCCCGAGCCAGCCAGGUGGUGAAGGACUGCGUGAAAGCCUGCCUCAACUCCACCUACGAGUACAUCUUCAACAACUGUCAUGAGCUCUACAGCCGCGAGUACCAGACGGACCCGACUAAGAAAGGCGAGGUGCCCCCCGAGGAGCAGGGUCCCAGCAUCAAAAACCUGGACUUUUGGUCCAAGCUCAUCACCCUGAUCGUCUCCAUUAUCGAGGAGGACAAGAAUUCCUACACGCCCUGCCUGAACCAGUUCCCCCAGGAACUGAACGUGGGGAAGAUCAGCGCCGAGGUGAUGUGGAACCUCUUUGCUCAGGACAUGAAGUACGCGAUGGAGGAGCACGACAAGCACCGCCUGUGCAAGAGCGCGGACUACAUGAACCUGCACUUCAAGGUGAAGUGGCUGUACAACGAGUACGUCACCGAGCUGCCCUCCUUCAAGAGCCGCGUGCCUGAGUACCCCGCCUGGUUCGAGCCCUUUGUCAUCCAGUGGCUGGAUGAGAAUGAAGAGGUGUCGCGGGAUUUCCUGCAUGGAGCGCUCGAGCGGGACAAGAAGGAUGGGUUCCAGCAGACGUCGGAGCACGCGCUCUUCUCUUGCUCCGUGGUGGACGUCUUCUCCCAGCUCAACCAGAGCUUCGAGAUCAUCAAGAAGCUCGAGUGCCCCGACCCCCAGAUUGUUGGGCACUACAUGCGAAGGUUUGCCAAGACCAUCAGCAAUGUGCUACUCCAGUAUGCCGAGAUCAUCUCCAAGGAUUUUGCCUCAUACUGCUCCAAGGAGAAGGAGAAAGUGCCCUGCAUCCUGAUGAACAACAUCCAGCAGCUCCGCGUCCAGCUUGAGAAGAUGUUUGAAGCCAUGGGUGGGAAGGAGCUGGACACAGAAGCCAGUGAUAUCCUCAAGGAGCUGCAGGUGAAACUCAACAACGUCCUGGAUGAGCUGAGCCGUGUCUUUGCCACCAGUUUCCAGCCGCACAUCGAGGAGUGCGUGAAGCAGAUGGGCGACAUCCUGGGCCAGGUGAAGGGCACCGGCAACGUCCCCGCCAGCACCUGCAGCAGCGUUGCGCAGGAUGCUGACAAUGUCCUGCAGCCCAUCAUGGACCUUCUGGACAGCAACCUGACGCUCUUUGCCAAGAUCUGCGAGAAGACGGUGCUGAAGCGGGUGCUGAAGGAGCUCUGGAAGCUGGUGAUGAACACGAUGGAGAAGACCAUCGUCCUGCCCCCACUCACUGACCAGACGAUGAUUGGCACGCUCUUGAGAAAACAUGGCAAGGGGACAGAGAAGAGCAGGGUGAAGCUGCCCAGUCACACUGAAGGCACGCAGAUGAUUUUCAACGCAGCCAAGGAGCUGGGGCAGCUCUCCAAGCUGAAGGACCACAUGGUGCGGGAGGAAGCCAAGAGCCUGACCCCAAAGCAAUGUGCAGUGGUAGAGCUGGCACUGGACACCAUCAAGCAAUACUUCCACGCUGGUGGUGUGGGGCUGAAAAAGACAUUCCUGGAGAAGAGCCCCGACCUGCAGUCGCUGCGCUACGCCCUGUCCCUCUACACCCAGGCCACCGACCUCCUCAUCAAAACCUUUGUGCAGACCCAGGCUUCGCAGGUUCAUGGUGGGAAAGGUAUUAGGUUUACCCUUAGUGAAGAAAUUUAUCCUGAGAAGGGCUCCGGAGUGGACGAGCCCGUCGGGGAGGUGUCCAUCCACGUGGAGCUCUUCACCCACCCCGGCACCGGGGAACACAAAGUCACUGUCAAAGUGGUGGCUGCGAAUGACCUCAAGUGGCAGACGUCGGGCAUCUUCCGGCCCUUCAUCGAGGUCAACAUCAUCGGGCCCCACCUCAGCGACAAGAAGAGGAAAUUUGCCACCAAAUCCAAGAACAACAGCUGGGCCCCCAAGUACAACGAGAGCUUCCAGUUCACGCUGGGGACGGAGACGGGCCCCGAGUGCUACGAGCUGCAGGUGUGUGUGAAGGAUUACUGCUUCGCCCGGGAGGACCGGACGGUGGGCAUCGCUGUCCUGCAGCUCCGCGACAUCCUGCAGCGGCCCGGCUGUGCCUGCUGGCUGCCCCUGGGCCGCCGCAUCCACAUGGACGACACCGGCCUCACUGUCCUCCGCAUCCUCUCCCAGCGCAACAACGACGAGGUGGCCAAGGAGUUCGUCAAGCUCAAGUCGGACACGCGCUCGGCCGAGGAGGGCAGCGGUUAAACCACUUCCACACACACACACCCCCCCCGCCCAGCCCUCUUCCCCCCUCUCCUGCCCUCUUUUCUACAGCACCCUCCAGCCAUGUAUAAGCCAUAGGAGCGCCCACACGAGGAGGCUCCUUCCUGGCCCUGGCGUGGGUGAGGGCUGGGACGUGGCUGCAGUGACAGACCCCCCCACACACACACCCCUCCCUUGGCCAGCCUGGCCGGGUGACAGCAGUGCAGAGCACGGCCGUGCCCCCGUCCCACCCCGACGGGAAGGUGCUGGGGCUGGUGGGGCUGCAGGGAAGGGCUGGACCCCAGACGGGGCGAUGGGGCAGAUCUGCCCUUUCCCAGCCCACCUGAGACGGAGGAAGCCCAACGUCCCUGACCCUACCCUCAUCGAGUGACACAAGGAAAGGGCUGGGGUGGGGUGGGGGGUGGUGUCUCAUCCCCCCUCGGGGGGGGGGGGGGUUGGUGAGCAGCCAGAGCAACACGACGGGCCCCUUGUCCCCAUCCCUGGAGCGUGGUCGGGCCCCUUGUCCCCAUCCCUCGGGCACCCUGGGCGACAGGGAGGCUCCCACCCGCUGAGCACCCUGUACAUAUGUAAAUAGCUGUACAGACACGGGGCAGCCAGACACGGCUUUGUCCUGCACCCGGAAGGGCUAUUGGGGCUUUUGGGUCGGCAGAUGCAGCCCCCCCAUGCCCUGCACAGGGUCCCCUCCCUGGCUGGCAGCGGCAUCGCUGGGGUCGGGAGUGGCAGGGUGCAGCCCCCGGCCCCUAUUCUGUCUUCCCUGCCUUGCUGCCACCGUGGGCUGCCCCACUGCGCCCCCCCCCCCCCCCCCCAGGGUGCCAGGGCUUGGGGGUGAGGGCUGGGGGCACUGGAGCGGAGGGACCCGUCUCCCUUUGCUCCGGCCAGUGGGGACCAGCCGUCCCUGUGCAGAGCAGCAGCGCCCAUGAGACCUCCUUGGCGCAAGCAAGACCCUUCCUGCCCCCAACCCGCCCGACCCCACCCCCAGUUUCCCAUUAACCACCAUUUCUGCGUGAUCAGUGGUGUGUGUGUCUCGUGCGAGCGCCCAGGAGGCCAGGGUGUGCGGUGUCGGGGAUGGCCACCCCAGCUGGCCAGCUUGCCCCAAGUACCGGGGAAGGCAGAGGCCUGAUGACCCCACAAGUCACUAUAGCUCUCUCAGCAGCCUCCCCAUCCCAAAACAGGGUACCCCAACUGUCCCCCGUGGUCCUUUUUCUAUAGGGUUUGCCUGGGACCAAAGGGUUUCGCUUUCCUCUCUUGUUUCUGUUCAAUGUUUACACCCCUUUUCUAACCACUGCUCCCGCACGGCCAGGCUGAGGCUCAGCCCCGCACCCCCCAGCUGUGGUGCCCCUGGCCCUGUGCCCCCUCCCCAAACUGUCCUGUUCGGCAUGUGAUUGACCCGACCGACUCUGCUCCUGUAGCACCUGUGUCACCGAUGCCUGUGUGUCUGUACCACCCCGUGCGGCGCUGCCGCCGGCGGCUACCAUGGAUGCAUGACAGUGAGAUGUUUUGCACUAUUUUGAAUUUUUUGGGCUCUGUAAAAAUAUUUUAUUAUAACUGACAUUAAAAAGCACACCCUUC